AUGAUGACCAUGACUACGAUGGCUGACGGUCUGGAGGCUCAGGACUCGUCCAAGUCUGCCUUCAUGGAGUUUGGGCAGCAGUCGCACUCACAGCAGAGCUCCCCGUCGAUGGCCAGCGGCCACUACCCGCUGCACUGUCUCCACUCCGGCUCACACGCUCACCACCAGCACGACAACACCGCGUACACCGGGACCAACACCUACAACAGGUCGCUACCCUACCCCUACGUGAGCCAUCCGCACCACAGCCCGUACCUGCCAUCCUAUCACAACAACACGGGAGGACAGACAAGGUUAGACGGCACAGAGCAGCAGAAAACGACGGUGAUUGAAAACGGGGAAAUUCGAUUUAAUGGGAAAGGCAAGAAGAUUCGCAAACCUCGGACAAUUUAUUCCAGUUUGCAGCUUCAAGCACUGAACCACCGUUUCCAGCAAACACAGUACCUCGCUUUACCGGAGCGCGCCGAGCUGGCUGCCUCUCUAGGACUGACACAAACCCAGGUAAAGAUUUGGUUCCAGAAUAAGAGGUCAAAGUUCAAGAAGCUGCUCAAGCAAGGCGGCAACCCGCACGAGAGCGACCCUAUGCCGGGCUCCAUGUCCCUCUCCCCGCGCUCCCCGACCAUCCCUCCAAUAUGGGACGUCUCGGCCUCUUCCAAAGGAGUAAACAUGCCGGCCAACAGCUAUAUGCCCGGCUACUCUCACUGGUAUUCCUCCCCACAUCAAGAUUCAAUGCAGAGAUAGACUGAUGAGACAAGAAGGUCAGUGAGCUGUCUGGAGGCCCCCGGAUCUCCGCCAUGCAGUUUCCAACGUAGCCUACAAUUUGUGUCAGCGCAGAGACUGGAUGCUGGAGUGGAGAA